UCUUGCUCGGCAGGAAAGCGCUGGGAGAGCGGGCGAAUCUGGGCUGCUGCGCCACUCGCGCCGAGGACCCGCCGGAGGCGCGCGGCUGGAGGCACAAGAAGGAGGCGACCGCGCGGCGCGGAAGGCGGGCGUUCGGGGCCGGCGCGGGGCACCAUGUCCCCGGGGAGCGGCGUGAAGAGCGAGUACAUGAAGCGCUACCAGGAGCCGCGCUGGGACGAGUACGGGCCGUGCUACCGUGCGCUGCGCCACUACCGCCUGGGUCGCCGGCUGCUGGAGCAGGCGCACGCGCCCUGGCUCUGGGACGACUGGGGCCAGGCCGGCGCCUCGGACGACUCGGCGUCGUCGGCGUCGUCGGGCACCGGGGCCCCCGCACCCCAGUGCGUCCCGGCCUCGCCGCCGCCGCCCGCGGAGCCUGAGGCGCGCGUAGGGCCGGAGGAGCGGGGCGUGGAGGCCGCGGGGGACGCGGAGACCAGGGACGCCGUGGACGCGGAGGACGCGGCGCCGCCAGCACUGCCAGUGAAAGAUGUAAAAGAGAAACCUGAACGACAGAUCAGGAUGAGAGACCCUGAAAAAUCAGCCAGCGGUCCUGACCCUCAGCAACCACCAAGUGCCUUAGCUGCCCGAGGAAGCAGGAGAGCCAUCAAGAGUCCUCAGAGGUCAUCCACUAAGAUAAAAGAACAGAAGCACCCGUUUGCCCUCUAUGGGUGGGGAGAGAAACAGACGGACACAGGAAGCCAGAAAACUCACAACGUCUGUGCUUCUGCCCCCGUGCGGGAGAUCCAUGAAUCGGCACUGCGAGCCAAGAGCAGAAGGCAGGUGGAGAAGAGGCGGCUGGCGGCUCAGAGGCAGCGGGCUCACUCUGCUGAUGUGGAGAAAAAUAGGCGGGUCAAGCCUGCCUCCUCAGAGAACCCAUGGAUGACAGAGUAUAUGAGAUGCUACUCUGCCAGAGCUUGAGGGAAGGAACAGUUGCUUGGACAACCUCUUUUUAAAAGUGUAAAUGAAAGAAAAGAACAAAACAAAAACUACCAAAAGUAACUGGACACAGGUUUAAGAAACCAACUGAUUAUGCAAGGUUUUUCUUGGGGAAUUUCCAAAAGAUUGUCUCUUUUGAUGAAUCCUGGUCACCCGCCUCAGGAGCAGGGUGACAACUGAAGCCAUAGACAUUCGGUUAUUUAUGAGAAUUCCCUAAAUCUUUGAUAUUCUUCUAAGGGUUUUGUUUUAAAGCAUCUUAAUCUUUUAAGAUACUGACACCACAUGCCUUUAAAUGGCUGACAGAUGCUUAACUUCAGUUUUUAGCUUCAGGUUAGGUGAAGCCUGUUUUCCUCCUGUUCUGAACAGCUCCUCAGAUUCCAGAGCUGGCAAGCUCACGCCAGCUUGCCACAGAAGAUUCCUUUUCCUUAUGUGUAGUUUGCUUUGGGAAAGAACAUCAAGUUAAAAGUGAAUUUCAGCACUGCUGUUGAUACCAUGUAUAGUGAAAGCAUUGUAGAACAUUGGUAGUUCCUAAACAGUUAAAUGUUUUUUUGCGUUUCAGUUCAAGCAUCACUUCAUGUGGACUGUGAUAUUUAAGAACUAUCUGGACUGGGUGAGGGUCAUCCUUUCUCUUUAAAUUGUCAUCUAGGCACUUAUUAAUAGUUUAGUUCAAGUGCAUUCCAAAUGAAAUGUUUAGAAGUAGUACUGAAGUUUCUUUUGAGUCAAAGACUGUCACUUUUUAUUGAGAUUUUUUAAGGACACUUAAUGGGGUACCAGUCACUUGCUGCAAUCUGGCCUUUUGGCACUCACCCACUGUGGAGUUUUGCCUCUGCUAGAAGAGUUUAGCAAUGAUACUAGAAUUUAAAAGCUAAAAUUUCGCUUAGUAAAUUGACAUUGUCUUACUGGGGAUGGGGGACAGAUUUUAAGCUACCUAUUAGAGAUGUGGGUCACCCCUACUUUUCUCCUCCAUGGAACUUACCAAUAACAAAGGCUUGAUGAUGUACAUUGUUCAGACUUUUGGUUGAAAUACAUUCCUCAUAGGUUCCUAGCUGGUAGGUUUUGUGUAGAAGCUAAUGUGAGGGGAUGCUGCUAUGUGUAUGGGCGUAGAUGCAAGCAUUUCAAUGAAGUGUUUCCUUCUCUCCAGGACAUUUGCUUCUGGGGUAGAAAGUGGUUUUGAGAAACAUUUUUUCCAUUUAGCAGAGGUAGGAAUCUACAGUAAGGAUGAAUGCUAAAUUCCUGAUGAGAGAAAAAAGUACUUUGCCAGCUUACCAUGUAGAGAUGUAUGAAUGAAAAUUUGGUGUUUGAUAUGCAUUUGAGCAUUUCCUUGAUAUUUUUACUCUGGGUCUUUGAAGUAUUAUGGUUGAUUUCUACAAAGAUGUUUCAUUCCAUAUAAAAUCUUCACAGUAUCAUCUUACAUAAUCAUAUUAAGCUUUGCAAAUUCAUAUUGAAGAAUCAUGAGCUUUUUAAAAAAACUUAAAAUGUGUGCGUUAUUUUGAGGUGAAUAUAUAGAGAGCCCUCCUAGUCACUAUGAUGUAUGUUUGGUAAGAGAAAGGUCUGUGUGUUGUCCAAAAUGUCCUUGCUAGGGAUUCUGGUGAAUCUUGCUGUUAUUAUAGUCCUUAAACACUGCAGGUACCUAAAGAUGAAAUUUCUGUGGUAAUGUGGUGGUGGAAACUGUUCCUUUAAAACCACUUCCUGCAUGUAUAGUUUCAACCACCAGCUCCAGUGUUCUGUUCGUUGUAGCUGACAGUCUUAGGAAGUGGGGAGUAGCUCAGGUCCAUGCUGAUGGACUGCCUUAGAGACCCGACCCCUCAGGGUCCUGAGCAAGCCCGACUCUCUCCUUUAAAACACAGACUUGUAUUUAAUAUGCUUAAUUACUACUGCAAACUCCACAUGCAGAUCUGGAAGAACCUAGAAGGUGAUAUUGGCCAGUAUUUUCCCCCUUUUAAGUAGAAGACCAAUGAACAAGAUUUUUUUAAGUGUUUUUAAUGUGCGUGAACAAUGAAUGAGUCAAUAUGAAGUGACUAGGAGUCCCCUUCCUGUGUCCAAGCCAUUAGUAGGUUAGGGUUUCAUUUUGUUCUUUCUCUUUAGGGGUAAAGAUGACCUUUUGAACCUACAAAAUUUUUAAGUUGUAACAACUUGAUGUCCUACUUUUUCCUUCUCACUAAUGUCAUUGUGAUCAUGUUCUUAUUCCUUGAGACAACUUAUGAAAUAGUGAGGUAAUUUAAAAUUGCCUUUCAUGUUGAAAAGUUUGAAACUGAGAAUCCACUGAUAUUUAAAAUAUAGAUUGAAAUAACUGCUGCAUAAGAGUCUCUUUUUAAAAUUUUACCUUUUAAGUUCUUAAUUAAAACAACUUGUUGUAACAUAUUUCCUGUGUUUACUAAAAGCAAUAAUAGAAUAUUAAGUAACACCAGAAUACUUCUGCUGGGCUGAGGUGAAUGAGACUAGGAAUCUGUCCUUUUUCUUCCUUUUAAAACCUAAAAGACUGCUCUAUUUAUGAGGUGUCAAAAUGCUUGUACUCCCCCACUGCCAGAAAAUUCCCAAGUACCUAUAUACAUUUCUUUUAAAGUCUACUAAAAGUAAAAUAGGGUAUAGUUUAUCUGAAUUAAUGUAAGCACACAUUUGUGGUGCUUUUUAUGAAAUAGCUUUGUCGUUGAUUCAUCAGAUGUAGAUUACUAGUAAUUUGAAAGCUUUGAACACUUUGAUGAGCAAGUGCUAACAUUUCCGCUGAUAAAGUUUAUGUCCAGCAUAGCCUCAGCACCCAAAAGCCCCCUUUCUGUUGUGCAUUUUAGCUGUCUGAGUUUGCAUGACCCAGCUAAAAUAACACAAAGGUGGCUUUUGAGUGCUGAGGCUGUGCUGAACAUAAACUAUCAGCGGAAAUGUUAGUACUUGCUCAUCAAAGUGUUCAAAUGUAUUACUGGCAAAGAGGAAGAGGGGCCAAGCAUAUGUUAGAAGUGAAAACAACUGUCUUGUUGACUGCUUCAGUGAAAAAUAGCUUAGUGGGCAGUUUUACAUUUCACUGGACUAGUUAAAAAAUGGUGCUAAUAUUUAUACAGUCUGAUUCUGUAGUUGGUUUGGGAUCAAACUGCCAAAGCCUGACUCAUGGGUCCUUACCAUAGUCUUGUGAUCAGUUAAACAGUAUUUAAAAAGUGAUCCGAAAAGUGUGACCAUGUAUAAUAUUUGAAAUGGACUUUGUGCAAUAGGCUGAAUAGGGAGCUGUCCACUUAGUACCAAAUUCUGUGAAAGGAGCCAUGUCCAGGGCUGAGGCCCAGGCUUCCUCCCAGCCUGGAAAGCCGCUCCUUCAUUAUUUCCAUUUUGAAAGUCAGGACACCUGCGUGAUACACUAGAGGGCUCUUUUUGGAUUUCUUUAUAAUUAGCAGAACUGUUUUUAAGAGCUGUCCCCCUGUGCUGGGUAUGUACUUUGAGCACUGCACUCACUUUAACAUUCUGAAGGUACUAAGGCUGGGCACCCACAGUCACAGCGCUCAGGCGGUGGGAACUCGGGGCUGUGUUUUCUAAGAACUGUAUGUUGCUUUUAGCUUGUACUUAAUAUUGCAGUUACUUGGAAAAAUGUGAAUAAAGUUCAUUAAUACUACAGGCUAAGCUUCUGUUUUGUGGGCAGUAAUUCUGAUUAGUACAUUAAUGGUUGAAGAGAAUUCAAUGAUUAUAUUGACUCCUAAAUGUAUUUUUCAUUAGAUAGAUAUUUAGUAAGGUGUAUUACAUCCAGGAAAAGAUACUUUCUGUGUAUACACUUUGAAUUAAACUCCACAUUUCCCCCAGUCUUUCCCACAUACCUUAUUGCUUUAAAAAUUACAAAAGGGAUAGGGCAUGGACAAAAGUAACUUAAAGAGAUUUGUUGUUUAGUUGCAUUCAACUCUUUGUGAACCCAUGCACUAUAGCCCACCAGGCUCCUCUGUCCAUAUGAUUUCCCAAGCAAGAAUACUGGAGUGGGUUUCCAUUUCCUUCUCUAGGGACCUUCCUGACCCAGGGAUCAAACCCAAGUCUCCUACACUGGCAGCAGAUUCUGCUGAGCCACCAGAGAAGCCCUAACUCAAAGAGAAGUAUAGAGUAAAAAGUCAAAGUUCCUUUCAACACCACCCCCUCACCAAUAUUCUACAUCCCUUCUUAGAGGAAACCAGACCUUUUUUCCAGGCACUUGGAGGUACAUAUACACUGUUUGUUUGUUUUAUUCACAAAUAUGGAAUAAUGCUAUACAUAUUCUGUAACUCCCCAUCUUUCCCUCACCUGCUCUCCUUGUUCACACUGUCCCCCGAUCCUAAUUAGCCAGCCGAGCACCUUUGAGAGUGGGCCGCCGGGCAGACCCCUCCUCGGGUCUCAGACGGACCACAAAAUUCUGUACGUGUGAGGCAGGUCCAAAGAGCACUGCAAAAGCUUUGAAGGCUGAACUGGCACUGGAAGAAGCACCCCAGGACUUGGGGCCUGAGCCUAAACAGAUUGAUUACUUGAUAAAACAAAAAUGCCAGCAUACUCCAUAGGACUUGGUUGUGUUUCAUCAUGUAAUACUCAAAAUCCCUAUGAGGCACUCCAAAUUACUCAGCAUAUGAAACCAUGAAAACGGCUGUCAUGGAAAAAGGCAGUCAGUAGCUGCCAUCAUAGACUUGAAGGAAGCUAUUAUUGAAAAAUUCAAAUGAACAAUCACACUCUUGAAAUAAGUAUUAAAAUAGAAAUUAUCAAUAGAGAAAUAGAUAAUAGGAACACCAAGUGACAAUAUUAGAACUGAAAAAUGCUCCAACUGAAAUUUAAAAAAUCUUGCUGGAUAGACCCAGUAACAGGUUGAAGAUGACAAAAGAUAAUAGAUCAAUACAAAUCAUCCAAUCUGAACAACAGAAAAGGGCUGAAGAAAAGUUUCCAGGUUGUGUUAUAGGAAUCAUAGAAAGAUAAGAGAGUGUAGUGCUUUAAAAUCAUCUGCAGAAAUGAUGGCUAAAAUUCUUCCAGGAGAGCUGAGUGAAGCUGAAACAGAAUAAACCUAAGAAAUUCAAGCCCAGAUACAUCAUAAACUGUCGAAAACUAACAGACAUCUUGAAAGCAGCCUGGGAAAAGUGAGAGAUGACCUACAGGGGAACAAUUCAUAUGCCCAUGCAUUUUUUUCAUCAGAAACUAUGGAGGCCAGAAGUAAGUGGCACAUUUCUUAAAGUGCUGAAAGAAAAGAACUGUCAACUUAGAAUUCUGUAUCCAGUGAAAUAUCCCUCAGGAAUGAAGGUGAAAUGAAGACAUUCUCAGAUGCAGGAAAACUAAGAGAAUUGAUAGCCAGAAGACCUGCUUUAAAGAAACAGCCAAAGGAUGUAUUCAGACAGGAGAGAAGUGAUACCAAAGGAGGCUGGGAGCAUGGGGAAUGAAAACAGCAGUUCUAGAAUUUGGUCAUUUGUUCUCAGUCUCAGAAAUAGCUCCAGAGCCAGAAAGGUGGAAGGCAUGCCUUGUCAUUCAUAAGCCCCCUUUUCAACACACAUUUUGAAGUGACUUUUGGCCAGCCCUAAGAAUGCUGUCUGAUUGCCAGGGAAACUGACUGGGAGGAAAGGGUUGGGACUUUGACUCCAGGGAGGAGAGAGGGGCUGGAGAUUGAGUCAGUCACCAAUGGCCAAUGACUUAAUCACUCUCACCUAUGUGCUGAAGCCUCUGUAAAACCCAGAAGCCCAGGGUUCACGGAGUUUUCUGGUCGGUGAACAGGUGUGGAGAUGUGAGAACCGUGCCCAGAGAGGAAACUGCACCCUUCCCCCUACCAUGCCGCUACAUGGCUUCCCUCCGGGUGUUCUUGAGUUAUAUCCUCUACAAUAAAGCAGUAAUCAAG